AUGCAACAGCCUUAUCCGACAUCCUUUCACUAUUCGUAUGCGGAUUCUGAUGGACAGGUGAGGCGUGAAAAACGGAAGUACCGUUGUCGUAAGCGUAGUCCUGCCACUAUCGAGAGAGCACGUAUGGUCCGAAGGGAUAAGGCGAAUGCUCGCGAACGCCGUCGAAUGAACAGCCUCAAUGACGCGCUCGAGCAUCUGCGAACACUUCUGCCUGCAGAACCGGAAGAACCAAAGAUGACGAAAGAUAGAAACGCUUCGAGUCGCCUCAAGGGUGCGCUGCCUUCCUCUCCAUUACCGUAA